CUACCGCGUACGAGUACCAUAGGUAAGAUGUUAAUCUUCUCGGCACUGUUACAGCACACUGUUCUCUUUCUUGAACCAAGUCAAGAAUUUCCAUGAAAGAAUUUCCAUGAAAGAACUAGAGUGUCACAUUCCUGCUUCAUACUUCUUUCGCGCCCCAUCUGCUGAACUUCGCUUCCCUACAAUUCUACGGUUCGUAGGAUUUUUAGGUUUUCGCAGAAAAGAAUAUCUUUUCAUCGAUGCAUGGGCGCGUGCUGGCGUAAGUAAUUUUUUUGGAUAUUUGGGAUGAAAUAUCAUUACCGUGCAAAACUUCCAUUGUUUUUGUUCUUCCAAAUCACAAAACGAAUUUUACAACAACUUGAACUGAUCAACCAUGAAACCAACCUUAGCUCUCUCCAUGAUGCUACUCUCUACUAUAGAGGCAGCAAACCACUCUCUUCCUCUCUCAGCGGACAAUGUCCACUGGGGCUAUUUUUCGAAAUCCCUAGCUCCGGCCAUCACCAUUAGCAGCGGAGAUACGGUGGAAGUCGAGAUGGCUACCCAUCAUGGCUGCGAUGACUGGGAUUUGAUGAUCGAGGGAGAUCCAGGAAUGGAAGAUGUAUUUUACUGGGACCACAUGAACGGUGCAAAUGAGCACUUUCGAGGUGCCACGGGAGGAGGCGACGGUGUCCAUAUUCUAACGGGCCCGAUCUAUGUCGAAGACGCCGAGCCCGGCGAUCUACUCAAGGUCGAAAUCCUCGACCUGAAACGACGAAAGAAUCCCAAAACCGGACGCACCUUUGGGUCCAAUGCUGCCGCUUGGUGGGGAUUUCAAGCCAGGGUGAAAAGAAUCGAUGGAAGUGAUUUCAAGGCAGGGGAAUUCACUGGAACACCGGUAAGAGCCAACGAUUCGACCCUAGCCUGAAAUUGGUCUAUAGUUUCGAUUUUCAUACAUCCUCAUUUUUCUUUUUAUGCUUCGUUCUACCUCCUUCGCAAACGAAUAGGAUGAAAACGAUGAAAUCAUCACAAUUUACGAGGUGAUCGACGAAGGAGACCAGUCCUUUGUCAUUCCCCAGUUUCAGUUCGGUUGGCCAAAAGUCACAGAUCCCAACGGAACUGUUCGAGACUACAUUGCUUAUCCUGGAACGUGCGUCCCCCACGAUCUUCAUGGCUGUAGUGAAGAGUUCGCUCCCACUUCGUCUGUCACAGAUAUGGGUUGGAAAAAGGAAGGAAGUAUCAAAUAUUACGAUGAUGUCUUUCCCGCCAAAAUUCCUGUUAACUAUCACAUCGGAUGCAUGGGAUUGCCACCGGCCUCUCAUGAAUUCGUUGACUCUAUUCCACCUAUGGUAACUGGUGGAAAUCUAGACAAUACACGCAUUGCUGCCGGCACGACAAUGUACUACCCUGUCCAAGUAGCAGGUGCCCUGCUGAGCAUGGGAGACGCACAUGCCGCACAAGGAGAUAGUGAAUUGGACGGAACCGGAGUCGAAACCAGUGUGACGGGAAAUUUUAAGUUAAGCGUCAUUAAAGCAAAGGACCUCAACGAAGCACAGAAGGUACAGAACUUUCCAUUGGGAGAGACUGAGACCGAGUGGAUCGUUCACGGGUAAGUAUGAGAGAGCAUCUGGUGCCAUUCCUUUCAUUAUCAAAUGCUAUUCCUCAUAUUUUCUUUCGUUCCCACCCCGAUGUACAUUCAUUUCAGAUUUACUGAAACAGACUAUUUGGAGACUUUYGCCGAGCAGCCAUCCGAUAUCUACAGCAAUUCAGAGAUCGAUCCUGCUAUGGCUAAUGCCUAUAUGCAAACAAGAAAGUUCAUCAUGGCGAUGUAUGGUAUCACCGAACCCGAAGCAAAUACAUUGAUUACUCAAGGAGUUGAUUUCGGAAUCACUCAAGUGGUUGACGGAAACUGGGGUGUUCAUGCAGUUGUUCCUAAGAUGAUCUUUGAAACCUAUGAAGGAGAUGGAGGUGGCAUCAAAAUCAAUGACCCCGUGAUAGAAAGAUCGGCACCAAUAUCUGCUGAUUUGCCACUGAAUUCUGACAAUGUCCAUUGGGGGUAUUUCAGUAAAGAAUUGGAUCCCGUUCUAACUGUUAACAGUGGAGAUGAAGUUGUGGUCGAAAUGGCAACACAUCAUGCAUGCGACGAUUGGGAUAGAAUGAUCGCUGGGGAUGAAGGUAAGUAACUCAUAACCAUGCUUUUCUGGCG